CCUGAUGCCCAAACACACCCUUCCCUCAUAAACACCAUAUUCCCGCGCUUAUUCGAAGAAACCACUCUCCUCUCUACUCUACACUCUCUCCCAUUCCCUUCGAUUACUCCACAAAAAAAAAAAAAAUGUCACAGCCAAUCCUCCUCUCCGACGAAGAAGACGACCACCACCACUUCCACCAAAAUGCGCUCUCAACCCCAUUGCAUUUCGCCUCCAAGAAACAACGCUUAUCCGACCCAGACCCGAACCCGAACCCGAACCCGCCGGAUAUUGUCCUCAUCGACGACCCGACCCCGCAGAAACCGGGUACAACCUCCACUCCCUCCUUCGUCCCCGAGACCCCUCUCUCCGCUCCAAACUCCGAUCUCGUAAUUGUCAAAUGCACCGCCGCAAACUCUUCCAAUCCACAACCUAGGGUUUCCGAUCCCGAUCACAACAAGUUCUCCGGAAUUACUGGAUUGAUUUGUUUGGAGUCUGAUAAUGACUCUGAAAGUGGUUCCGGAAGAGAAAAUUGCAAGGAGGAUGAAACAAUCGGUGCUGAUUUGAGAGUGUCAAUGCACUCAGAAUGGAGUUCUAAGUUUAUGGAUUCGACGAGUUCUCUCGGGAAUAAUAGUUUAACGCGAAUGUCCUCUUUGGAAGACGAUGAUGAUUGUCAGGUACAUGAUUAUCCUGGCAAAGAAAAUGUUAGCAUGGAGCAGAUCAAUAAAGUUAAUCAGAAAAGAACUAAAACUGAUGCUGAGGAAAACAAUAUGACAGACAAAGCUAGGGGAAGGAAGAAAAUGGCGAAAGAGGAAAGGAUUCGCUUAAUGGAAGAGAAGAAAUUAAAGAAGGAACAAGAGAAGUUGCAAAAAGCAGCUCAGAAGGCUGAAGCUGCAGAGUUGAAAAAAAUGCAGAAAGAAAAGCAAAAGUGGGAGAAAGGGAAGCUUGCCUUAAAAUCCAUUGUGGCUGAAAUUGAUGCUAAAGUGGUCGAACUGGGGUCAAUUGGAGGACAUCUGCUUACAAGGUUUGCCGAAAAGGGGCUUGCAUACCGUAUAACUUCAAAUCCAAUUGAGAGAUCAAUCGUGUGGACUAUGAAUGUUCCAGAACAUAUCUCACAGCAUUCUUCUAAUGGAGUACAGAUUCCUUAUGUAUUGCUUGUAUAUGAGGCCAAAGAAUUCUGUAAUCUUGUUAGCAAUGAAUCUCUUUUGGAUCAUGUUUCCAGUGUUCAAAGUUGUUACCCAUCUUUCACAAUUUGUUACCUCACCAAUAGGUUAAUGGCAUAUAUUAAUAAAAGGGAACAGGAACAGUACAAGAACCCAUCAAAUGAUAAUGGUUGGAGACGUCCACCUGUUGAGGAGGUGCUGGCAAAAUUAGUGACUCAUUUCGUGAAAGUGCAUUCCAGGCAAUGCAUUGAUGAAGCUGAACUAGCUGAACAUGUUGUUGGUUUGACCUCCAGCCUGGCAUCCUGCCAAUUUAGAAAGAAGUUGACACGCCUAUCUGUAAAUGCUAAUGGAUCCCUAAUUCCUAAGGACUCUGUUGACAAGAAUUUAAUAAAAAAGAGCUUAUGGUUGAAAGCUUUGGUUUCAAUUCCAAAGGUACAGCCACGAUUUGCUAUUGCCAUUGGGAAGAAGUACCCCACCAUGAAAUCUCUUCUGAGUGUCUACAUGGAUCCAAGUAAAUCGGUGCAUGAAAAGGAAUUUCUCCUAAAGGACUUGACAACGGAAGGACUGCUCGGUGAAGACAGAAGAUUAGGUGAGAUUUGUUCAAAGAGAGUGUACAGAAUACUUAUGGCACAAAGCGGAAGCAUCAGGACUGAUGAUGUUGAGGAUGGUGCUGAUUUCUUCAGAUGUCAAUCAUCUUAAUUAACUCAACAUUGUAUUUUCCUAUCAUCUAUAAUAUAUUGUACAAAGUUAGAGGUUAUUGUUUUCUUCUUUCUAUUUGAGAGAGACAUUUUAGAGGUGCAAUUCCAAGCAAUUAAACUUGCUGUCCAACAUAGGCUUCAAUAUGUAGUUUUCGUAAAGGUGGCACUGAAGCUUUGCUACAUCUACAUUCCUCUCUCCCUUGCUUCCAUGCUUCCUUCUAUGAACUGAAAGAGGAUUUAGAGUCUUUGUCCUGUUGGAAUUUCAUUUUUGUUCUAAGAAAUGUAAAUUUUUUGUCCCACAA